GGAAAACCGAGGUGGCGUUAGCGUUGGCUCCGGUCGGCCCGUCAGAACAUUACCUCAUCAGUCCCGAUGAGUACCCUCACAGUCUUCCAGUAGCACUACCAAUUCGCGCCAGUUUCACUUCCUUCCGGACUUGGCAUCCUACCACCACCAUCUCCUCCGUCGUCUAUCCGAUAUCCUUUUCAUUUUCUUCCGAAAAUCAUAUCUAUUCAAUCCGGAUUCCAAGUCCGAGCUCUCUACGAUCAUGUCAAACAAUCCUAACGUGGUGUUCGAUUUUGAUCCCUCUUCUUCGUUGCGAAAGGACCCAUCUGGAUUCAUGCAAUCAGAUCAGACCUGCGUUCAUUGUUUUCAAGAAUGCUCAGAGGAUGUCUGCGCGCAAAGAAACCUUGAAAUGACCUCCCAAUGUACAGAUCAGUGUGUCGUGGUUACCUGUAACGACCUCACACAUGGCGGCGCUUCAUUGACUUGCGACGAGAGCGAUCAUUGUGAUUUUAUAUGUGACGGGGCCACCAACUGUCCGGACUGUAGUGGGCUCGAUGAAUUCCUCCAGUGUUGCACGGACUUUCAUUCCUAUUUUUCAGACCCCAAAGCCCAGCACCAAUCUACCUGGGACCCGACUUUCGAUGGGCUAUGUAAUUGCAAUGAAGCACCCAGGAAUACAUUUUCCAGCGGCUCGUCGUCGUCCUCAGAGUCACCAUCACCGUUUCUCGACAUGCAGCCUCCUCCUAAUUUCCCGAGUCAUCAUUCUUCAACACCGCCUGAAUCAGGUACCUCGUCGUUUAUAGAUUUGGCGUCUGGCCAGCCUCCGUCACUUCCACCACUGACAUGUAUGUGGGGUGAUUGCCAAGCCCGUUUUCAUGCCAUGGAACAGCUCGUAGAACACGUCAAUCUCGAGCAUCUUAGUCUAUCUUCGCCGAUGCCUCCAUCUGCACCCUGUCAGUGGGGAGACUGUCAUGAACAGCUCUCACAACAACCGGAGCUCUCAUUAGACGUUCUAGCAAACCACCUCUUUCAGGACCAUCUGAUGUGGCCGACGUCUAUGGAGCCCGUCGCAUCGUCUUCCUCUUCGCCUCCAAUACCGGCUCCUGCUCCAGUGGACUUUGGACUGCUUACUCCUCUACCUCCACCCGCAACCUCGGACCAUAAGUGUUCCGAAACGCAGCACAUUUGUCAUUGGCAGGGAUGUGGGAAAUCCUUCUCCACCUGUGACGAUCUCACCGUCCAUCUCGCAUCUGAGCAUGUCGGAUCGGGCAAGGCCCAUUACGACUGCUACUGGAACGACUGCGCUCGACAUGGCGAGCAAGGGUUCAGCAGCAAGCAGAAAAUAUGCCGGCAUCUGCAGUCCCACACAGGUCACCGGCCAUUUCAAUGUAAGAUCUGUCAUCAGAACUUUUCGGAGGCCGCGACAUUGCAGCAACAUAUGCGGCGGCAUACGCAAGAAAAGCCGUAUUCGUGUGAUCACCCUGGUUGCGGCAAGUCUUUUGCCAUUGCUGGAGCGUUGACGAUACACAAACGUACACAUAACGGGCAUAAGCCCUUUAAGUGUACUUAUUGCGAGCGCGCUUUUACGGAGUCAUCAAAUCUCUCAAAGCAUCUCCGAACGCACACUGGGGCGCGCCCUUAUCCAUGUACAGAGCCUGGUUGCAACAAGUGUUUUGCCCGGCCUGAUCAAUUAACGAGACAUAUGAGUGUUCACAGAAAAAAGCAGGUUGAGAGAUGAUGAAGCAGGGGAAGCAUAGUUAAAAGGGUGUUUACAGAGUGUGUCGCAGAGUUGCAUUAUUGUUACAGAUAUGUCCGUCCCGUCCUUCCGGUUAUGCAAAUGGAUCCAUU